CACGCUUUAAAAGAAACCGGCAGACAUUUCAAGGAUGUAGUGCUUUCACAUCUUCAUGUGAAACUCCGUGCUUCGGAGUUUUUUAUCGUCUUUUGUCGCGUUUCUUUUCAGUCUUUAUUGAAACUAUGCACCGGAUUGUCUAAAGAGACUAUUUCAUCUGAAGAGCAGAAGACCUAUUUCACAUAUCUUAUACAAAAUAAAACACAGACAAGACAAACUCUCAAAAUGAUGACCACAAGAGAACGAUGGAGAGUUUACAAGCGCAUUAGCCUGAUGUUCUUCCUGGCUAUAGUCACACUUACUGUGGUUCACAGAGGAAACAUCACCUCAUUACAAGACUUCCAGACAGACAGGAUCGAGAGGCAAACACGGAUGGAGCUCAUGGCGGAAGGCGAGCUGCAGAAAAAGGGCUUGGUUACUAUAAACUUCUGGAAGAGUAGUUUAGUAAGAUUGGAGUCCAACACAGAAGGUCCAAGAACAACCCAAAGGCAAAGGCCUACAACCUGGGACGUCACCGCCUCCAACUGCAGCAUCAACCUCAACUUCUCUUCAUCAGACUGGUUCACGGGUCUUGAAGCCAACUUCAAGCAGUUCCUGGUUUACAGGCACUGCCGAUACUUUCCCAUCCUCAUGAAUCAUCCAGAGAAGUGCGCUGGAGACGUAGACUUGCUGAUGGUCAUCAAGUCAGUAAUAACACAGUAUGAUCGGAGGGAGGUCAUAAGGCAAACUUGGGGCAAAGAACAAGUGAUCAACGGAAAAAGAAUCAAAACUCUUUUCCUUCUCGGAACGUCGUCCAACGAAGAAGAACGAGUGAACCAUCAGAAGCUUCUGGAAUAUGAGGAUUACAUUUACGGAGAUAUCCUGCAAUGGGACUUCAUGGAUAGCUUUUUCAAUCUUACCCUCAAGGAGAUCCACUUCCUAAAAUGGUUCUCCAUCUACUGCGGAAGCACCCGUUACAUCUUCAAAGGCGACGAUGACGUGUUUGUCAGCGUUCCCAACAUCUUGGAGUAUCUGGAAGUCAGCAAAGACUUGAAGGACCUCUUUGUUGGCGACGUUCUCUUCAAAGCCAAGCCCAUUCGCAAAAAGCAGAACAAGUAUUACAUCCCACAAGCCUUGUAUAAUAAGACGCUCUACCCACCGUAUGCCGGUGGAGGUGGUUUCCUGAUGGAUGGCCCUUUGGCACGGAAACUCUACGAAGCUUGCGAAACUCUGGAACUUUAUCCUAUUGAUGAUGUGUUUCUUGGAAUGUGUUUGGAGGUGCUUCAAGUAACUCCAAUAAAACACGAAGCUUUCAAAACGUUUGGGCUCGUGAAGAACAAAACCAGUCGACUGAACAGGGAGCCGUGUUUCUUUAAGAGCAUGAUAGUGGUUCAUAAAUUGCUUCCGCCGGAUCUAAAAAACAUGUGGAAACUGGUCAACAGUGACUUGAUCUGUUCGCAGAAAAUGGAAUUCUUAUAGUCUAAGACGUUGCUGCUGUUUCUAAAUCUGAAAGAUCUCAGAAUUUAUUCAUAAUUGAAGGAAAUAAAAUGAAGGAUCUGCAGAGAGAACUUUGAGGUUACUCAAAGACAAUGUACUCCUUUUUUGAGGAGAUUUCUGGACAAUAUUUUAAUUUAAGUUAUGUACCAAAUGACAUAGUAUGUAGUUUGUACAAUGUGAAUAAUGUGUAAAGGGUUCUUUUUUUUUUUUUUUUUUGUCACCCAACAAUUAAAAUCAUUUACACACCCUCAUUUUGUUCCAAACCUGUUGGACGUUCUUUCUUCUGUGGAACUCAAAAAUAUUGUGGUUUAUGCAGUGAAAGUCAAAGUGGUCUAAUAUUCUGGACUCCACUGACAUUUAAUGUAUUUACAAAAAAGACACAAGGUGUGUAAAUUAAGGCAGAAUUUUCAUUUUUGAGUGAACAAACACUUUAAGUCAUUUGUCAUACAUAGAAGGAAACUAGUCUCUACCUCACCAUUUUUGUUUUAGUCUGCCCCUCUGUGGAUGAAUGCUACCUUAAUAUGCUUUCAGAGUGCAUUCAAUAAAUAAGACCAUGUUAUUUUUGCUGCAAUGAUGUACUAAAAUUACAUUACAUAAUGUACAUAUAUUUUAAUGAUAGUUGCUCUUCAAGAGGUUACAUCAUUUAAAGCUUGUUCUUUUCUGCUUUACACACUGGCAUUGUUUGAUUUGCCCAUAGCCUUGAGAUGCAUUUGGUAGAGGGUUUACUUUAAAACUGUGAAACAGCAAACUGUCUGGUACAUGUACAUGUUGUCUUAAUUUAUGAAAUACCUCCUUGAAUCAGAGGGGGCGGAUUCUGGUGUAUGAAAUUUAAUUGUACUUGAAGGUUACGCAAAACACUACAUGGUCUGUAAAAAAGAAUGAACAAACUAAGGUGAAAAUGGAUUAUUAUUUGUAAAUAAACAUUUAUUCAAAAAGAAAAA